CCCAGGAUCGCCUCGACUGUAGCCUCGGUCCCGGCAGCCGCGGGACCGGAGGUCGUCGGAGGCUGCUCCCCUGGGUUCUUCCCGAUGGAGGAGGUGGCGCGUUCGUCUGCGGUCCCGGAUGCCUGCACCUCCCAUUGGACCGAGACUAGGGCGCUGGUCGCGCGAGCGCAGAAGGGGGUGGCCCGUGCGGCCUGCGUGGGGGUGUGAGCGGAGGUGACCCGGGCCGGAUCGCGAGGGGGAAGCCGCGCGCCGCCUGCGGACUGGGGCCGGAGCUACUCUGCCAGGGUUUAAAACUUUAAAUGAGAAUAAAGGGUAUUAUUUACGAGGAAAUGAGAAUGAAUAAAUCAUCUCUAACCUCUUCCAGCCUUUUUUUCAUAAGAGAGACCAUAUUAAACUUACAUGCUCUCCCAGCUGCCACUGACCUUCAGUUACAGGGCGUGGGAGCAGGACACUACCGGGUCUGAGAGUACUGAACCAACUCAUCCCCCUCUGGACAUUCCGCGCUGGUGUCCUGUUUUCAAGCAAUUUGAAAAGUGGGUCAUCUUGCCUCCAGCACCAGCAGUUUCUGUUCUGUGGUCAAUGUAAUUCACAGGAACUUCUUGAGUAACAAACGAAAUGAGCCAGGGGCGUGGAAAAUAUGACUUCUAUAUUGGUCUGGGAUUGGCUAUGAGUUCCAGCAUUUUCAUUGGAGGGAGUUUCAUUUUGAAAAAAAAAGGCCUCCUGCGGCUUGCCAGGAAAGGCUCCAUGAGAGCAGGUCAAGGUGGCCAUGCAUAUCUUAAAGAAUGGUUGUGGUGGGCUGGACUGCUGUCAAUGGGAGCAGGUGAGGUGGCCAACUUCGCUGCGUACGCCUUUGCGCCAGCCACCCUAGUGACGCCGCUAGGAGCGCUCAGUGUCUUAGUAAGUGCCAUUCUCUCUUCAUACUUUCUAAAUGAAAGACUUAAUCUUCAUGGGAAAAUUGGUUGUUUGCUAAGUAUUUUAGGAUCUACAGUUAUGGUUAUUCAUGCCCCAAAAGAGGAGGAGAUCGAGACCUUAGAUGAAAUGUCUCACAAGCUUGGGGAUCCAGGUUUUGUGGUCUUUGCUACACUUGUGGUGAUAGUGUCCUUGAUACUAAUCUGCGUGGUGGGGCCUCGACAUGGACAGACGAACAUCCUCGUGUACAUAGCCAUCUGCUCUGUAAUUGGGGCAUUCUCGGUUUCCUGUGUGAAGGGCCUGGGCAUCGCCAUCAAAGAGCUCUUUGCCGGAAAGCCUGUGUUGCGGCGUCCCCUGGCCUGGAUUCUGCUGCUUAGCCUUAUAGUCUGUGCGAGCACACAGAUCAAUUACCUGAACAGGGCACUGGAUAUAUUCAACACUUCCAUCGUGACUCCAAUAUAUUAUGUAUUCUUUACGACCUCAGUUUUAACUUGUUCAGCUAUUCUUUUUAAGGAGUGGCAAGAUAUGCCUGUUGAUGAUGUCAUUGGUACUCUGAGUGGCUUCUUCACAAUCAUUGUGGGAAUAUUCUUGUUGCAUGCCUUUAAAGACGUCAGCUUUAGUCUAGCAAGCCUGCCUGUGUCUUUUCGAAAAGACGAAAAAGCAGUGAAUGGCAAUCUCUCUCAUAUGUAUGAAGUUCUUAAUAAUAACGAAGAAAGCUUAACCUGUGGAAUUGAACAACACACUGGUGAAAAUGUCUCUCGAAGAAAUGGAAAUCUGACAGCUUUUUGAGAAAGAUGUAAUUAAAAGGUUAAUCAAGAAUUCUGUUAUAAAGUGAAUUUGAGUAUCAGAAUGUUUCUGAAAAAGCAUUGUCCUCAAUGUUCUCCAGAGACAAUCUUUUUUAAGGUUUCACUAAUUUGGACCAAGAAAUUACUUUUCUUAUAUUUAAAUGAUGGUAGCUCACUAAAAUGACCUCAGUACAUGGCCAGUUUCUAUUAACAUUGUAUUAUUGUGUGGUAUUUAAAAAUUUUCCUUCACCAAAAUCUAAAUGCACUAAUGAGUUUUAAGUCUAUAAAAGUGCUUUAUUUUUUCAUUGGUAAUGAAAGUCUGAAAUGUACAUUUGUCAUCCCCGCUUCAUCAAUCCCUGACUGUUUUAAGGCCUAUUUAUUUAAAAAAGAAAGAAAUUUUCUUAGUGUACGAUGUAACUUACAUUUAUAAAAUGACUCCCUGUUCAGUGAUUUUAAUUAUGUUACUGAACGAAGGAGACUCAUUUAUGAAAGAGCAGGAAGCCACCCAUGGGAAUAUGGCUUAGGCUGUGUGUUGUUCGCACACACCUCUGGCCUUCCCAGAUGGCAUCUGGUGGCUGAGUCCUGCUUUACAGCAUGACUGGGCUUAUUUUUGGCUACUCUGAUAAAUACCUUGAUACGGGAAGCUUGAUUACCAUUUCACAUCAAUAUUAUCAUGGCUUCCAGUCAGUCAUUCAGCUCUUCUAACAACUCUGGGAAUUAGAAGACGAGGGCAGUACAAGUCUUAGAAAAUGUUUGUAAAAUACGGCUUCUUUGCGCCAAGUAUUUUACCUUAAAAAGUUCAUUUGGAACGCUAUUUACUUUGGGCUUAUAAAAU